GGUCAGUCCAACGCAGCCACCCCCAGUUAAAGAUGAAGUUCCUGCCUCUGUUCGCUGUUUUCCUGAUCCUUGCCUGCUGCUCCUGCUGCAGCGGAGCUGCUGUGGCCAAGCCAACGGGUCAGCCCGGUUGCCAAACGGCCGAGGAGUUGGAGGUGGCACUCUUUGCCCACUUCUACCUGAAGAGCUCCUUCUGGGUGUGCUCCACUCAGGGCGUGCCCGCCACCCUCGCCCAGUGUCCCAUUGCCAACGCCUGGUUGGAUUCCGCCAAGGCCUGUGUUCCUUGGCCCCAGUGGGUGUGGUCUCCCACUGUCCAGCCGCCCAGUCAACCCGAAGUUGCUGCCUAGAAUUGGAGAAUCAAAUAGAAUCAAAUAUGCAGUAAUGAGAACUCUUCUUUUUAUACCACCUUAUCAAGCGGUAGAGUCAAACAGUAAAGAAAUCUAGCAAUGUCUAGUAAAAGUAAAUAUUUGGUAGAUAUACACAUUUGACAAAUAACUUAGUUACUAACUAGCGCGCGUAAGAUAAGCACAAAGGCUUUGCUCAUAUAAAUAUUUUUGCUGACGGAUGUAAAAUUAUGGAAAUUUUACUUAAUUCAUAAAUAAAACCCGCACA